AUGUGUUUAUCGAUUGCUUCGCCAUCCUUCUAUUCCAGAAAGUGUGCCUUCUUUGUUCGAGCACUAUCGACAUCGAGCAACAAACAUGCUGAUAAAAAGAAGAUUGCCGUGAUUGGAGGAGGAGCGUCUGGUAUAUUUGCUUCCAUUGCUGCUGCAGAACAUUCACAUACACAAGUCACAGUUCUUGAAGCGACUGGCAAAACUUUGCAAAAGGUGAAGAUAUCUGGUGGAGGGAGGUGUAAUGUUAUGCACGACACGGACAAGUCCAUUCAAACGAUUUUGGGAUCGUAUCCUCGUGGGAGUAAGGAGUUGAAUGGUGCCUAUCGCAAGCGAUUUACUCCAGCAAUGGCCAGAGACUGGUUCGAGUAUCGUGGCGUAGAACUGAAAACGGAAGCCGAUGGACGCAUGUUUCCCACAACAGACUCGUCGCAGACUAUACUAGAUACGUUGAUGAACGCGGCCGAAGAGGAAGGUGUCGAAAUCCGAACCAAACAAAAAGUGGCCUCCAUCACUCCUUAUGACAAUGGCUUUCUAGUUGGUUGGAAGGAUGCCGAAGAACCUCCCGAGGAAUUUGAAGCUAUCAUAUUGGCUACUGGGUCGGCACCAGUCGGGUAUGGUCUGGCAAAAAGUUUGGGGCAUGACUUGGUACAACCUGCCCCGUCGUUAUUCACGUUGAAUUGCAAACAUGCCAUCAAAGAAGAUGGGUUGCUUUACGGUCUCUCAGGCAUAUCUGUUCCCACCGCACGCAUUACUCUCUCCAUGACAACUAUAUCUGGUGGAGAAACUAAUAACAUCAGCGAUCCAAGCAAGAAAGUAAAGAAGAAGAAAAAGACGACAAAGCUGCAGCAAGAAGGCCCACUUCUAAUAACACAUCACGGAUUAUCAGGGCCUGCAGCUUUGAGGUUGUCAGCUUUUGCCGCCCGUGAGUUCCAAGAAAUCAACUACCGAACCCAUAUCACUGUCCAUUGGGAUACUGGUAUCGGAUCGAAUGCUGAAGAAGUUUUUGAGAAACUGUGGCAGGUGACAUCUAGCAAUCCGAAGCGUACGGUCUCCAGCCUUUGCCCAAUACCCAACAAUCAAAUCCCUCGUCGACUUUGGUCAGCUCUGGUGGAAUAUAGUGGGUUGGGCUCAAAUGACAGCAACCCAAAUGGUAUUCUGUGGGGAGGUGCCCCGAAGAAGCUGGUUCGAAAGUUGGCCACGAACCUAGUAGCAUGCCCCCUUGAAGUGACAGGGAAAGGGACUUUCAAGGAGGAGUUUGUAACUGCCGGCGGAGUUUCACUGGAAGAAUUGGAAAUGAAAACUAUGGAAUCCAAGAAAUGUCCUGGGGUUUUCCUGUGCGGUGAAUUGAUAAAUGUUGACGGUGUGACCGGUGGAUUUAACUUUAUGAACUGCUGGGCCACGGGAUUCAUGGCUGGCCACAGUUCGGCAGACUAUGUACACUCAUCACAGUGA